AUGCCAAAGAAAAUUCAGUUGAUCGCAUUGAUCCUCUGCAUAUCAGCCUGCAGUGCUAUUAAAAUGGCAUCCUUUAAUAUUCAAGUCUUUGGGAAAACAAAGUCACAAAAAAGUGAUGUAAUGGAACUGCUUUCAUUGAUUAUACGCAAUUAUGAUCUAGUUUUCAUUCAGGAAAUACGCGACGGUAGUUCUAAAGCUUUUAAGCGCCUGCUUAUGUUUGUUAAUAACUACACAUCACCCAAUCAGAAGGUAGUGUACGCUGGGACAACAUCUCCACGCUACGGAAGGUCAAGUUCAAAAGAGCAAUAUGGAAUCAUCUUCAACCCAAAGAAAGUGAAAGUAAUAAAGGAAUCUGAAGUUAAGGUUUCCAAAAAAGAUUUCGAACGGCCUCCCUACUGCUAUUCACUCAAGACUGUCGGGAAAACGUCUCUAUCAUUUGCCGCGCUUGCUAUUCACAUUGAUCCGGACGACGUCUCAGCUGAACUGGACAAGCUCUACUCUACUGUCCCACAGUGCACGCAAGCUUCCAAUACAGCGAAUAUAAUCGUCCUCGGAGAUAUGAAUGCUGGAUGCAGCUAUUUACCAAAAAAGAAAAAGGAACAGUUGCAAUUGUUCAAAGACACCUCGUUCAAGUGGAUGAUAACCGAUGACAUGGAUACAACCGUCGCCAAAAAAGACUGUCCGUAUGAUCGCUUCAUUGUGCAAGGGAAAACGCUGCUUGAUCGAAUUGUACCGAAUUCAGCUAAACCAAUGAAAUUUGACAAAAUUUUCAAUCUCAACCAAAAGUUUGCUAAAACCGUCAGUGACCACUAUCCUAUUGAGAUGGAGAUUCGCUGA